UCGCUCUCCCACGGCUUUCUACGGCUUUCGGGAAAUAAAAAAUGCCAUCAUGCAACCACUUUGCUUGCGCCGCACGUCAAGAAUAACUCUUACUGCAAGAUAACGUCGUCAAUCACACGUCGUCGCGCUUUGCCAGCCCCGUUGUCCACUCGCGUAGCGUGAUGGGGUUGCAUCCGCUCACCUGCAGACGGGCCUCGAGGGGCUGUGCAGCUGGACCAACUGCUCAAGCUUCAGCACGCUGAAUGAGAGGCUGAGUUUUUUAUUGACAUCAUCCACGAGCAAUCGAGUGACGGUAGGCGGGCCAUGGCUAAAAUGUAUAAAGGAAAUGUUCACCUUCAUUCUGUUUUGGAAAUUCAUCGGAUUGACUCCCCUCACCCAGAGCUUUUCUCCGGCUUGUCGUCCCAUUGAGAUAGUCAAUCUCAUCGGCCCACUGAGCAACUUCAACACCCGAGUCUCAACUCGCAUCCAAAAACACCUGCCAGAACUCAACGUGCCUCAGCAGCAAAGUCCUCUUCUCGAACCAACAUCAAAAAUGUCUUCCAGAUUCUCAACACUUGCUAGAAAUGGAUCGAGCGUAUCCUCUUCCUCUACAGGCUCCGCUGUCCCUUUCUCAAACAACCGCCCUCUCUCACGCUUCCGCGCCUAUAUGCUCCCAGCUUGGCUGUCGGAAAUAAGCCUUUACGAGCGAAUCGCCAUGGGUAUUUUCGAUCCCGGGGUAGCAGUUUUGACAAGAGAGCAGAUGGAGUUGCACAUUCAGCAUGCUCCAGAUGUGCGAGGAAUACUGGAGUGCUUGCCCGUGGCAAACAACGAGGGAGUGAUGUUUGUUGGGUGGAGGAAGAAGUUGCGCACCUGGCCUGUGUCCAAGUGAUGCCUGGACUUCAAGGUGGAUUCAAGCUGGAGAGGAGUUGUGCAUUGCACUCGUCAUUCGCUUGGUUAGCUGAAUAUCGGACACGAUCUGGGACACUCGACCAUUCUUUUGGUCCUGAAGCAUUGGUUGGGGACACGGAAAAGUUUGUUAAGUAUUGAGGUCUGGCUUGGUCUGGUCUUUUUUUCGACUUGGUGGCGUUACGAAUUUUGACGAAAGUUGAAUCUGGGUAGGAACAAAAGUUUAGAAGGCGUUGGGAGCAUUUGAUAUACUUGGGUUGCAGUUUUGGUUCAGUGGUGCUUUGGCGUUA